AUGGAGCUCUGGAACUCCACCUUAGGAAGUGGCUUCAUCUUGGUGGGGAUCCUGAAUGACAGUGGGUCUCCUGAACUACUUGGUGCCACAUUCACAACCCUGUACUUGCUGGCCCUGAUCAGCAAUGGCCUACUGCUCCUGGUCAUCACAGUUGAUGUCUGGCUUCACGUGCCCAUGUACCUCCUGCUGGGGCAGCUCUCUCUCAUGGACCUCCUGUUCACAUCGGUUGUCACUCCCAAGGCCCUCAUGGAUUUUCUGAAGAGAGAAAACACCAUCUCCUUUGGAGGCUGUGCCCUUCAGAUGUUUCUGGCACUGACACUGGGUGGUGCCGAGGACCUCCUACUGGCCUUCAUGGCCUAUGACAGGUAUGUGGCCAUUUGUCAUCCUCUCAACUACAUGGUCUUCAUGAGGCCUACAGUCUGCUGGUUCAUGGUAGCCUUAUCCUGGAUUCUGUCAUCCCUGAGUGCUCUAGGACAUACAGUGUACACCAUGCACUACCCCUUCUGCCAAUCCCGGAAGAUUAGACACCUGCUGUGUGAGAUUUUACCCUUGCUGAAGCUGGCCUGUGCAGACACCACCAGAUAUGAGCUCAUGGUUUAUGCGAUGGGCGUGUCCUUCCUGAUUCUCCCUCUUGUGGCCAUUGUUGCCUCCUACACAUUAAUUCUGUUCACUGUGCUCCACAUGCCCUCAAAAAAGGGCAGAAAGAAAGCCCUUGUCACCUGCUCCUCCCACCUGACUGUGGUAGGGAUGUUUUAUGGGGCAGCUACACUCAUGUAUGUCCUACCCAGUUCCUUCCACAAUCCCAAACAGGACAACAUCACUUCAGCUUUCUACACAAUUGUCACCCCAGCUUUGAACCCCCUCAUUUACAGCCUAAGGAAUAAAGAGGUCCUGGGGUCCUUGAAGAGGGUCAUGGGAAAAUACUUGAUGCGAACACACUCUACCUUCUAG